UAAAGCAAAUCCCUCUUCGGUCUUUGAAACUCUCUCCAAGUGGUGGUUCACAUCCCAAACUCUUCAAUUCUUCUACACUACGCCCCCACUCAGAAAAAAGAGCAACAAAGCCAUUCAAAUCCCAGUAGAUUCAUCAGUCGCUUCAAAUCACACUACUUCGAGCACUAGCUUGUGUUGCUUAAUUCUACAGUAUAUUUUGAGAAGAGUUCGUUAUUAUUGUUAAUUAUAGAUUAUAGAUUAGAAGAUUGAGGUUUGUUUCGUUAGAGGUGGGAGUCCGGGAUUAUUGAUGCUCGCGGUGUCACCUCUUAGAAGCACAAAAGAUGAAGAAGGACAAGGAGAGAUGGAGAGACUUUCGAUGGAGUCCCAUGAAUUCGCUGACCUCUCCGAUGGGAAUCUAUUGGAAAGCAUCAACUUCGACGACAUCUUUGUCGGCAUCAACGUCGGUGAUGUCCUACCGGAUUUGGAAAUGGACCCCGAGAUCUUCGCCGAAUUCUCUCUCAGCGCCGGCGAGGAAUCGGAGAUGGCCACCUCAUCGGUCUCGUUGGAAAACGUCAAUAAUAAAGUUGACCAGAAUAUAACGACGUCGACGAAGAAAGGAGAAGAAGAUAAGGUGUCCUCGGAUUCGGGGUUCGGCUCGGGUUCCAAUUCUGGAGAGGAGAUAGUGAGCAAAAGGGAUGAAUCCGCGGUGGUGAAGCCGUCUCAGAAGGAAGCUGACAAGGGAAGAAAAUCAUCAGCGGAGUCAAAGAAUUCUCAAGGGAAGAGAAAAGUGAAGGUGGACUGGACUCCAGAAUUGCACAGACGAUUCGUGCAAGCAGUGGAGCAACUAGGAGUAGAUAAGGCGGUGCCUUCGAGAAUUUUGGAAAUCAUGGGAAUCGAUUGUCUCACUCGCCAUAACAUAGCCAGCCAUCUUCAAAAAUAUCGAUCCCACAGGAAACACCUGUUGGCACGUGAAGCAGAAGCAGCAAACUGGAGUAAGAGAAGACAAUGUUAUGGUAUAGGAGGAGGAGGAGGGAAGAGAGAGGGAAGCCCUUGGCUCCCAGUAGCACCGACAAUUGGUUUCCCUCCGGUGACACCGCCGCCGCCAAUGCAGCAUUUUAGAGCCUUACAUGUGUGGGGCCAUCCCACCGUGGACCACUCCUUCUUGCCAUUGUGGCCUAAGCAUCUCCCUCCACACUCCCCUUCGCCGCCGCACCUCGCUUGGGCGCCUCCUGUCACUCCUCCGCCUCCUAAUCCUUCCUAUUGGCACCAACCGGCUCCCAAUGCACUAACGCCAGGACCAGCUUGCUUUCCUCAGCCUCUGACUACAACGAGAUUUCCCUCUCCUCCUGUCCCGGGUAUUCCACCCCAUGCCAUGUACAAAGUAGAUCCUGGCAUUGGCGUCCCCACCAACCAACCCAGUCCUCGGCCAUUCAUUGAUUCGCAUCCAUCAAAGGAGAGCGUAGAUGCAGCUAUUGGAGAUGUUUUAUCAAAGCCAUGGCUGCCGCUUCCUCUUGGGCUUAAAGCUCCAGAGCUAGACAGCGUGAUGGGUGAAUUACAGAGACAAGGAGUUCCAAAAAUUCCACCCUCGUGUGCUUGACCUCGCUUUUCAACAGCAAUGAUGUCCUCUACAUCGGAGGUUUUUCCCCCUUUCUGGGUUGCUGCUAAGCGUGCUGACCAGCUGUGAAGGCCCCACGAAACCCUAAUUCGACGACUUCUCAUUAACUUGCUUAAGAGAGUUACUUUUGAGGAUUCUCUCUUUCAUCACAGUUCAACUUGUUCACUAGCCUUUUUGUGUAUGUGAUAAUAAAGUAAUUAAUUUUUGUCUUAGUCUUAGUUUCUGGGAGAUCAGGCAAUAAAAGCACUUCGAUCAAAAGUGUUUGGAAAAGCUUUAGAGACUAAUUUCUUUUUAACUUUCAUAUGCCUCGAUGUCUGUGUGCAUGGGAUCAAGUCGAUAUUUUAUUUGACGAAAUUAAGGGACCGUAACCAAAGAGAAAUUAUAUGAUGUUAAGUGCUA